CCAACACUCACAAAGACUUUUCCUCUCUGCCUGGUUCUUCAGCCAUUUUUUAAAUGUUGUUUUAAUUUUUAUUUAUCAAGACUUGACUGAUUGACAGUUAAAAAAUUAUAGUUGAUAAAACAGGAAAAAGGUUUGUUCUAUCGUCAUAUCAAAAUUGUAAUAGUCGGACGUUCAGGGAAUUUAUUAUGAUUCAGUGAAGGGUCCUAGGGUAAAAUACAAAUAUUUUAGACAACAAAAUUGGUAGAUGAACUAUAAAACUUCGAUUAUUUUUUUUUUUGCAAAAGUUUGCACAGUUUUAUAGAAGAAAGUAUUCAAUUGUUGUUCUUUUGUUCGUCUAUGUUCCGAUUCUCAAAACAUUUCGAAAAUUCAAUUUCGAAAAAAAAACACUCUUUCUCGAUUAGAAGAAUCUCGUGGUUUCAGAUUCAAACAUUGAAAUGACUAGAAAUAGAAGAAAGUCAAAGACUACAGCUACAUCUCAUCCAGAGUUGCAUUUGGAAAAGGUGGACCCCAUGAAAACAGUUACAGAAUCCAUGAUUCUGUUUGACGUCCAACUCCAGGAAUGGGUGACCAAGUCAGCGAAGAAUCACGAAUUUGUUUUAUCCGAUAAAGGAAUUCCGGCGUCAGCCUACUUUUUGCUCGGAUCAUUCUGCUCGGAUGGUGACAUCCACGUGGCAUAUGCUUCCAAAUGUCCGGUUCAUAGCAGUGCAUUGGAAGAGAAUGCUACAGAAUCAUCAAAGAUGCUGGAAGACGAAUGGAUGUCAGAUCACGCAGAACGUCUUCUCCGAAUGCUUCCCGGUGGAAUUCAUGUGGUUGGAAUUGCCUGGUUCUCAGAUAAGAAGACUUUCUCAGAUCGGAAAUCACAUAUUCACAAGACAUUGGGUCGUAUUCAGAAAAUGAAUAAUCAAAUCACAACGGCUAAUGUGGAUGACUCGAUUUCGGAUAAUAUGAUCACAGUGUUCUUCGAGACCCCAUCCACCACCCCCAUCGGUGCCAUAAUUGAUGUGACCAAUCGUGGCAACGAUAGUGCCCAAAAAGUUCAAUUUCAAAAACUUGAAUGGAUUUCUUUGGUGACAAACGCAUCUGCUCGAAUUGUGCACAAUGUUCCAGUUGACACAGGACGCCCAACUGACUUCUACUCUGACUUGGUAGUCGCCACGAAAAACUUUGUGAAUAAUUUAUUCCAAUGUGAAUUUACACUUCUUGAUGGUGAGAUCCGUGAUGAUAAGGAGCCACUGAUCAAAGAUAUCAAGAAGAAUAAAAAGACAACGAUUGAGGCACAAUUGUUCUUGAAUCCUCUUUAUAACCGAGAGCUCGGAGCUAUCGAUGAUAUUGCGUCCAACAUGCACGAAGUUCUUUUUGACAUUGAAGUUCGCGCAGCUGUUCCAAUCAGAUCAACAGUGAAGGACGCAAUCCGAGCAAUCAAGCAUCAUUUAGUCAGGAAUCUGUUUGCAAGAGUUGAACUUCACUACGAAUCGAUGGAAGUUGUUGAAGAGGAACGAUCACCAAAAACUGGAAUCACCGUCCAUCAACUACCUCGUCCAGCUACUACAGUACUCUACACACAUCCAGCAAUUCUCAUCAAUGAUUUCCUCUUUGAGGCUGAUAAUGUAGAAGAUGCACAGAAGAAUUUUGAUGACAUGAUGGAUUUACAGACAAGCAUUGAACACGUGGAUGAAGGCUGGGAACGCGCGCUGACACCAGAAGAGAUGGAAGCUGUGCGAACACCGAUUGAGGAUCUUCAUUUCGUUGACUUCGAUGGAUCAAGCGAUUCAUGGUGCACAACGAAAACCAUACUGAUUACUAUUGCAUUGAUUAUCGGACUCUUGGCAUCCAUUAUUUAUUUCACUGUAGCACAUUCCUGAGCUAGUUUUCCCCGAGCAUUAUGACGUAAUUUUGCAUAUUUUCCAAGUAUUUAUAUAUUUUUUCUCUGUGAUAAAAUACUUCAUUUAAAU